CCAAGCCCCAUUCCUAGCCCACCCCACAAAAUGUGCACAGUAACUUAUAACGAAACCAAAUGCUCCCGCUGCAAGACCCUAAUCAAAUCCGAGGUCGACCGAAGCACUUGCUACGAAGUGCUCACAUCCCAAUACACGGCCUCACCCCUGAUUUUUGGCGGAUGUAAGGCCAGGCAGACGUCGGUAACGAACACGAAGGAGGACAUGGGAAUGUGUGAUGUUUGUAAGGCUAGGAAGAUUGAUGCGGCUGAUGUAUGGAGGGCGGCAGCGCUGGGGGCGCUAUGA